AUGGUUUUAACUGCAUUACACUGGAAAACAAAGUCGGCUUCACAAUCACUGUCCAAAAGAGCUGUAUAUGUAGCUCUUAUUCAGAUCAAUAAUGGAAUAGGGAGCAAGUAUAUGGGCCCCUACACAGCCAAAAACACAGAACGCACACAAAGACGAGGUGCAAGAUUCAUAACAAAAGGCUACAAAUCCGGAGAGGAAGGAAGUAGGACGGAAAUGUUACAAGACCUAAACCUUCCUACACUUCAAACAAGAAACAAGAAGACUACACCAAUAUUCUUUGUAGAAGGGCAGAUACCAGCAAUGCCGUUAAUUACUUUCCAAAACAUAAAGCAUGGAAUCAAGGCAAAAACAUAUCAGAACUGUGAAACAUUCCAACACCGUGACAUCCUCAGUCCAAAGACCGCAGGAUUAAAAAGACACAACUCCUCGUUUGAAUUAACUAUUACGGGAAAAGCUAAGAGUGCUACUCCAAGAACAAAUCAGAGUCAGUCAUCCAAGAAAACAACCCAAGACAAUUCAAGGACUGCAGCAACGGCUCAUGCAUCUAGUCAGUCUAUAUUGAAGGAGGGUUUUGACAGAGAGGCUGAGCUACAUUUUAAUAGGAUGAUAGAAGGUCAACUAGACAACAUCCCCCACAUUCCUAGAUCUAUUGUACGAAUCUUUAUCAGCUCAACAUUCUCAGACAUGCGAGCAGAACGGAAUGCAAUAGUACGGGAGGCUACACCAAAGCUGCGUGACUUCUGUGCAGAACACGACCUUGACUUUCAGAUGGUAGACAUGAGGUGGGGUGUGACAGACGACUGCCAGAAUGACCAUACAGUGGAGAAGAUUUGCUCUUUGGAAGUGGAAAACUGCCAGAAAAUCUCCCUGGGACCUAACUUUGUGCUUAUUAAAGGAUCCAGAUAUGGCUUCCGUCCCAUCCCCACUGAGCUAUCUACAGAAGAUUUCACACUGCUUACUAAUUACACCACCAACCCUGAACAUACAAAGUUACUGAAAACCUGGUACCAAAGGGACGACAACAGUAAACCUCCACAGUAUGUCCUUCAGCCAAUCAGAUCGCAGUUUACAUUUUUUGGAGACUACUCACCAGGAUGUGAUGAGCCACGAGCCAAAGAUUCUGAAAACUGGCAACAGACAUUUGAAAAGUUACAGCUAAUCUUAAGACAUGCUGCCAAGACAGCUGCUGAUGCAGGCAAAAUGUCUUCCAGUGUUCUUGAGGAGUACUAUCAGUCAGUGACAGAGACAGAGAUAAAGAAAGGUUUACUAAAUGUGGCUGAUCCACUUGGCCACACCAUGGUAUAUUCUCGAUCACUAACUGGACUCGACAAUGAGUCUGUGGAUGACAAAGAUGCAAGAAGAUACAUUGAUAUCAAAGACAACAAUGGAAAGCUUGAGGUUGAUACUGAGAUAGCAAGUCUACGUGAGAAACUUUUGAGAAAAAUAAAGAAGAAACUAAACGAAAAAAGCAUUCAUGAAUAUGAAACUCAGUGGAUAUCUGGAGGUGUAGACCCAAAAGCAAAUGUCUGUCAUGCAAACUACAUAGAAAGUUUCUGUAACAACUUUCUGUCAGAUAUGAAAAUGCAAAUAAAGGAAGGAAUGUCAGACUACCUGCCAAAGAUCCGCUUUUCAGGUUGGUAUACUGAUUACGCAGAACUGAUCCACCACCUCCAGUUUUGUAAUGCAAAGUGUGAAACAUUUUGUGGUCAGGCUGAUGUCAUUGAAAGUGUUCAGUCCUACAUCCAAUCAAGCACGUCACGUAAGCCCCUUGUUCUCCAUGCUCCUUCAGGAGCAGGAAAGACAUCCGUCAUGGCCAUGAUCAUGAAAAAUCUGUCAUCCUGGUUCAAAAAGAGAAAGUAUGUAGGUGUUAUUCGCUUUCUUGGUACAAGUCCUUUGAGCACCAAUAUUUAUGAUGUUUUGUUUGGUGUGUGUGGACAACUAGCUGACAGUGCAGAGAUCAUAAUGGAACCAGUUUCUUACAAGAGCAUGAAAAAUUUGGUGGAGUAUAUUCCUAGACUACUUCGAAGGGUAGCUAAUGCCAUCAAAGCUCCAAUAGUGAUUCUGCUUGAUUCUUUGGAUCAGUUGGCAGCCAAGAAUGAUGCACACUCCUUGUCAUGGCUACCGACAGUACUGCCAUCCAAUGUGAAAUUAAUUGUGUCCACACUGCCAGAAGAACAUGGUAUCCUUGACACUCUGAAAGACAUGCUGCCGAAUAAUGAGUGUUACAUUUCAGUUCCCCCACUGUCCGUGACUACAGGCAAGGAGAUAGUACAUAAAUAUCUUAGUCAAAGAAACAGAACUGUGACUGAAAAUCAGUUGAAAGUCCUUAUGUCCUAUUUCACUCAAGCUCCAGGACCGCUUUACCUCAAAUUGCUGAUGGAUGAGGCUGUCAGAUGGAAGUCUUACACACCCGAACAUGAACACGUUCUUUCUGGUGCAGUUCGUAGUGCCAUUUCACAGUUGUUUCAAAACUUAGAGAUCAAGUUUGGUGAGGUUGUGACAAAUCAUGCUCUUGGUUAUAUCACUGUUGCCAUGAAUGGUGUGUCUGAGACAGAGAUGGAAGACGUUCUCUCCUGUGAUGACGAGGCUCUCAAUGAUGUUUACCGUUACCACGAUCCACCUGUAGAGGGCAUAGUACGUAUACCUCCAGUACUUUGGGCUCGUCUUCGUUAUGAUCUCAGGGAGUACCUUGUGGAGAGGCGAACACACAACAAGUACACACUGAACUGGUACCACAGACAGUUCAUCGAAGCUGCACGUGCCUUGUACACACAGGGAAAAGCUGGUCAUAGACUUCACAAGAACUUCUCCGAAAUCUUCAUGUCUCAGUCAGUCAAACGCAGCAUUGAGCUGCAUUGGAGAAAAACGACCAUAGUUAAUGCUGACAGACAAAUCACACCACAGGCGAUGGUGACCAAGAACAAGAGAAUGCUGUCGUGUCUGCCGUACUACAUUAAUAAUGCCAAAGAGAUGAUCUCAUUAGAUCUUGCUAAAGAGAAAUGCUUCUGCAAUUUUCAGUUCCUCAAAGCAAAAAUUGCUGCAUUUCCUCUGACAGCACUUCAAGAGGACCUCACUAUGUUUGUAGACAGAACAGAGGAUGCAGAAGUCCAGAAGCUCAGAUACUUCUUUUCUGUAUGCAAAAUAGAGGAUCUUGGCAAUGCAGAAAAAUUUGCUGUCAGCCUUCUGGCUAAAAUAUCACUGACAGAAGGGGAAGCGAAUUUAGAGAUAUUACUGAAUGCGGCAUUAGAACACUUACAAUCGCAGAAUAAACCGCUGCUAAUCCCGAAAUAUGCCUGUAUGGCUCCCAGUACGAACACAUCAAGUGCUAUGAAGGAUUCCCUCCAGGGUUCAGAAAAGAUUCUAUCGGUGGGUGGAGAGUCUGUCCUGUUGCGGUUAUGUGGAAAGGAAAUAGACGAGGAAAGCAAAGAUCUACAUGCAGUAUACAAUAUUGAUACUGAAGAGCAGCACCAGGUGAGUCUUCCCGACUCCUUUUGCAAUGGUCUAAUGCCAAAACUGGAUCGAGCAAGUAAGAGGAUUUUUUAUGUCAUCGCCAAACAGAUCAACACAGUAAAUAUCUCGAAGAAAGUUACGACGAGCAAGAUGCUAUCAGAUGUAUGUCCAGAACAGCCUACAGAAUCCAACCCUGUAAUGUCUACUUAUGACAACGAAUCCUCACUUGUGGUCAUUCUGUUUGAUGAUAGUAGUAUUCUGGUGGUCGAUCUCGGCUCCAUGAAACCGGUGAGAUUGAUGACCUUGUCCGAGGAUGCAUCUGAUGUUGUCAAUUUGGUGUGUACUAACUCGGACAGUCCCACUGUUAUUGUCACUGGCAAUUGUGGAGAAGCAGACGAGAACAAAACCAUGAAGGGAUUUGUACAAGUGUUUCAUCCGUCAGAUGAAAGCAAGGAUUUACGUAUAGAAAUACCUGUUUCAUACUCUGAUGGCCUGGUUUAUUUGGGAUCAGCAGAAGAGUUUCUUGUUGGACUUUGCAACACUGAAAACACAUGCACACUUAUUUCUAUUGAACUUGAUGAGCUUAACAAGAUGAAUGAGAUGUCUCUACCAGAUAGAAUUAUUCAGAUGUCAGUUGCCAGGAAACAACAAUUGGCUGUGGUCCUUUCUCAAAACGGCGUGGUCAACUUGCUGAACUGGAAGGAAGGGGCGAUCCUGAACGAACUGUGUACUAACAACCCUGUGUCUUGCCUUUUUGUCAAUUGGUCACAUAGACUUGCACUGCUUGGGGACUCCCAAGGCCAGAUUGCGUUAUACAACAUACACAAAAACAAGCACUGCGGUACAUUCCCUGCCCAUGAAAGCAAUAUUCAGCGACUGAUUGGUGCAGAUGACUUUGUUAUUUCUCUUGGAAUUAAUAAGGACAUGAAGACUUGGUCCCUUGCUGCUCUAGAACAGAGUAUCACUCAGCCUAAUGACAAGAACAGUGAUUCAAGCACUCUCGGUUUGCUGGGCCAGACACAGGUAGCCAGUUUUGAUAUCACCCUAGACAGUCUACAUCUGGUAACUGCAUCACGGGACAACAUUGUCAGAGUUUGGUCACUAUCAGACAUAUCCCUAAAAUGUUGUUUUGACAUUGGCAUCAUAGGGAAUAAGAUUCAGGUGAUAUCCAAAGACAGCUGUGUGGCUGUAGAUAAGACCGCAAGAAAAAUGAAAGUUUUUAAAUUGGAGAAUGGUCAAAGUGCAGUUAACUGUGCUCUUCCAAGAGGUGUGUUGGACUUCGCCAUCAGUCAAGACCGUUCACUCAUGUGUAUCAUCUGUCAGAAAGAGAAGGGACUCAUGGUUGAUGUUAUGGACCUUAAAGUUGGACAAUCAAAGAAGACCUUUUACCUGAAGGGUGUUCCUGGUUAUGAAACUGUUGACAUUAGCCUUAGCGCAAACAGUAGAUUUCUGUUGUUACGUACCAAAGUGACGGAAGCAGACUUUAAGGAUAUUGAGAUAUCUUGGAAGAAACAAGGAUCGUUCUUUCCCCAACCCCAUCCUUAUCGUUUCAGCGCAGCUGACCUGACUCAAGCAACAGGGGGACUGAUGCACUGCGUUAGAGUUAUGUCCAAUAUUCCUCACCUUGGAGAGGUCAUAACUCCUUAUCGUGGAAAUGUUAUGAUGAUCACAACUCGGCGUUGGGUGCUGUACUGGGACAUUCCAACCGGCAAAUGUGAUCAGAAGGUGUGCAAAAGCGAGAAGAAGGGAAUGAUGUACCGCCCAGACUGGCUGGGACAAGAUUGCAAAGGCACUACUUUGGCCAUCACUCAGAGUAGUAACGGCAAGUAUACAGCUGCGGGGUCAGAAGAUGGUUAUCUUUUUGUCUACAACACCGACUCCGGAAUACCUGUGCAGAACAUGGCUCCGUCAACUAAACAUACUGCCACAGUGAUACUGGCAGUGUUUUCACCAAACAGUGAGUGGGUGGCCUCUGCCUGUCGCAAUAACACAAUCAAGAUUUGGGAAGCAUCAACAGGGAAGGAGGUGUUCAGCACAAGGGCGAACUUUGAGAUAGUCAGCAUGUGCUUUUCUGCCAAUUCUCAGACUCUGGCAGUUUGUAUUGGAUCCCAAGUAACUAGGAUACUACUCUAUACACUCCACACAGGGUGUUAA